GAUAUUGACCUCUCGCUCCGCUCACUUGCAGCAUUUGUGAUUGAUGCAAUUGGAUUGGGGUCCAUCGAAACCCUCAAUGUCAAAGUCGCUCAUUUCUCCCACGUAACGUUAACGGAGCUCCAUCUGAUUCUCGCUCUCCAAAGGGAUUGAAUCCAGCCGGCACGUAGAGAUAAUAUCGACCGAAAUAAGAGAAAAGGAAAACAAGAAGCAUGGCGUCGGCCGACCCAGACGUCCAACACUUCCUCGGCAUCCCGUGGUGCGCGACGCUCCUCGACGAGCCCGGCACCAUCUGCCACACGGCGCCGUCGCGGUUUCAGAAAGCGAGCACGGAGGACCAGCUAUUCUCGACGACGCUGCGCGCGGAGGAUACAAUUGCCGCGUUCGUCAUGUUUUACAAACGGCCAUCGUCGUCGGCAUUAGAAACAGCGCCCGCCGUCGCGGCGGACGGCGAGGGCGGCAACGUCAUCCGCGAGCUCAAGGCGCUCCUCACCCUCGGCGCCGGCGUCAACGGUUUCGCCAACGUGUCGCACGGGGGCAUCGUCGCCACGGUGCUGGACGAGACCAUCGGCACCAUCUUCCCCAUCAACGAGACCGAGGGGCUGAUGCCGUCCAAGUCGUACAUGACGGCCUACCUCAACGUGACGUACGUGCGGCCCGUGAAGACGCCGCAGACGGUUCUGUGCGUCGCUGAAGUCGUGAGCAUCAAGGGGCGGAAGUGGUGGAUCCGGGGGAGGAUCGAAGACCGAGAGGGGAGGGUGCUGGCUAAGGCGGAGAGUUUGUUCGUGAGGCUGAAGGAGAAAUUGUGAGGCAGGACGCCAGGUUCUCCGGCGAGAGAGCGGGAUCGCGUCUUUGUCGCGACGUGUGUGAGGGGGUUUGGGCUGUCACAAUAGAUGUUGCGAGGUGCGUCCAUGGCAUCGACCUAGGUCUGUCUGUAAGGAGAG